AUGGCGACAUCUCUGUUCACCUUCUCCUCCACUUCAAGAAGAGUCGUCCCAGCUCCAAACUCUCCUCCUCUUCCCAUAUACAUCAAAGCCACAAAUGUCGUUUUCAACCCUGAUAUUCCAGAUGUUCAUCGAGGUCUUGGACUUGAUGAUUUUGUCAAUUUCUUAGUCUCCUGCCGACUUCGAUACGCAAUCAGCGACGUUUCAUCAGAGUUCUUUCCCGAACAAGUAUGUGAGUUCUACUACACUGCAACGAUUAAUGAUGAAAACAACGUCAUCUCCGGGACUAUUGGUCGUGGCAGACACUCAGUUUUUAUUACCGGUGACCUCCUCAGUGCUGCGCUCAGGUUACCAAUCUUUGAACCAUUCUCUGAGCUUCCACCUAUUGAACGUUGUCGACGCCUCUUUGAUCAACUGGGAUAUGAUCACUCAAAGGCUGGUACUCGAUCAGCUCUCAUUCUGCAUCAAUGUAUGACUCCAGGAUGGAAGUUCUUCACCGGUGCUCUGUGCAAAUGUGUGGGUCACAAAUCUCGCAGUGGUGAUCAACUGAGCACUUAUGAGCAACAAGUCGUCUGUUCCCUUCUUCUCAACAAACGACUUGAUUAUGUGGCUUUCUUCUUUGAUCAGCUUGUCCAACUUCUUCGUGCAAAUGUACGCGCUGAUCAUGUCCCCUUUCCACACUGGAUUGCUCUUGUGCUAAAUAAAUUUUUCGCUAAAGCUUACUACUCCCACUCUGGAAACCCCAUCCAAUGCCCACGCAUGUCAGUGCGAAUGUAUCAAGAUGAUCCAUUGGAAACUGACAUCGGCAUCUCUGAUCGGAUGAGAGAAUGGAUCGCAAAUCCAUAUAUUGUUCCUUCACUUACCGAUGAUACUGAUGAAGGAGCUGAUGGUAACAACGAAGAUCAUGCUGAUCAAGAAGCUGAAUCACAGGAUGGUGGUCAUCUCUCCCCUCAACUUUCUCUUCAUACUCUCUCUGUCACUGAGAGAGUUCACUCAGCUCAAGGGGAGCCACUAUCUCAGGGGGAGCAACCAUCCCAGGGGGAGCCACCAUCUCCGGGGGAGCACCCAUCUCCGGGGGAGCAACAUCGCUCUCAAGAAGUUCCAGGUACUCAAUUCCUUCAUAUACCAGCCUCAGAAUUUAAUGAGCUUCUGAUACUGACUCGGUACAUGAGUCAGCGUCUUCUACGAAUUGAGGCCGAUGUCCAUCAGCUGAAGGGAGUUCUCUUGCCAACUCCUUCCCCUGGCCCACAACAUGAUGAUGAUCAAAAAGGGGGAGAAACUAGUGAUGAUCAAAACGAGGGAGAAACUGAAUUUGUUGAGCUCGGAUCUGAGGAUAACAUUUUAAACCAGACUGAGCCACCACAGCCAGUGCACGAGUCUGAUAGACCAGCUGCUGACGAGUCUGAUAGACCAGCAGAUAUUGAAAAGCUUGCUGAAGAUAGUGAGCAUGAUGAUGAACAUGAUGAUGAGUGUCAGAUGUUGGACAUGAACUUCAUUGAUCCCACUAUUCCACUUCAAGGAGAAGCCUCAUAUGAUAAUGAAGAUGAACAUGAUGAUGAAUGUCAAAUGCUAGAUAUGAAAUUCAUUGAUCCCAUUAUGCCAGUUCAAGGAGAAGAUUCAGAUGUAGCUAGGGUUGAGUCUUUGGUUUUGCAGUUGACAAAAGAGGGGCCUGAUUCCAACAUUUGGUAUCAGAGCGAGUUGAAGCAGCAAGGUGAAGAUUGUGACGUGCAACCUGUUGGAUGUUUCUUUCUUGAAAAAGAAACACAGAAAGAAGGAUCAAAUAAGGGUGGUUUUCCGACUGUGGUGUGUUUCGGCUCUGCUGUGGAGUUAAUGGCUCAUAGUCGUGUUGACAGUCCGGCUGUGAAGGUGUGA